AAAUCAGUUACAUAAUUGCAGUCAUCAAAACUUUCAACAAUCAAUCCACCUCUAUAUACAACAUACAAAUCCUUUAACUCAACAAUUGCAUUGUCAUAUUAACACACAAAAAAGGAUGAGACAAGUUGAAAUGUAUACUUUACCCAUAAUUGCAGGCUGCGACUUGAAGACACUAAAUUAACUCAGCUAUUUUUGUUUUUUUGUUUGGUUUUUUCGUUUUGUUAUUUAUGUUUAGUGAUUUUCGUCAUAGUAGUCAUAGCGUAGUAAGGAUUCACUAUGGAGGUCCCUUACAAGUUAGAAGUGAUUGCUUUGACUACAAUCAUCAUUAAACUGGGUGUCUCAGUUUUCCCAUAUUCUGGCAAAAAUCAACCUCCAAAAUUUGGAGAUUAUGAAGCUCAAAGACAUUGGAUGGAAAUUACGGUUAACUUACCCAUACAGGAUUGGUAUAGAAAUACAACAGACAAUGAUUUAUUGUACUGGGGACUGGAUUACCCUCCUCUCACAGCAUAUCAAAGCUACCUAACUGGAUCGGUGGCUAAGAAAAUCAACCAAGACUAUGUAAAACUCCAUGUGUCUCAGGGAUUUGAAAACUUUGACCACCAAUAUUUCAUGAGGAUGUCCGUCCUUGUGUCUGAUUGUAUUUUCUUUGUCAGUGCACUUUAUUUUUACAUUAGAAGCUUGAAGAUGAGUAAUAAGUACAAAUGGGUUUUCUUUGCUUUGUCCUCACACUCUGGACUCACCCUUAUAGAUUAUGGUCAUUUUCAGUACAAUUGUGUUUCGUUGGGGUUGACCUUGUGGGCAAUCAUUUUUGUUUCUCAGGGAAAGAAUGUGUUAGCAGCAAUUGCCUUUUCAGCUGCCUUAAACUUUAAGCAGAUGGAGUUGUAUCAUGCAAUACUUCUAUUUGCUGGCUUCUAUUUGCUGGCUUCCUGUCAACCUAAAGGUUCCUCACUUCCCUCCCAACUAAAGAAUUUGGUCCAGAUUGGCGCUGCCACAGUGGCGACCUUUGCAAUCAUUUGGUAUCCAUUUCUUCAAAUUCAUGAUUGGCUUUUACAGCAAGUCAUCGUCAGACUCUUUAUUCCUUUUCAGCGUGGAAUCUUUGAAGACUAUGUCGCCAAUUUUUGGUGCACGCUAAAUGUUGUGAUCAAAAUCAAACGACUAUUAAACCCAACCUCAAUCGCCUCGGGAACUAUCACCUAGGCCAUGCCCGUGCCUGAAAGAAAAAGUCAGGACGUUGAUUCGAACGGAUUCGAAUGCAACGAGCACUAAGUACGGUCACAUUAUUGGAGGAAUGACCGUGUGCUUGGUUCGUGAUUUGGGGUCACAAGUGAUAGCUGCAAGCUGAUAUCACUCGAACCACUGCACCAACCCGACUAAGCGUAUACUUACCUAUCAUACUUACCAUACGAAAUUUGCUUCAUCAAGUCUUUUAUACUGUCUCAUAGAUGAUCGAAAAAAGCUGCAGCUCAUUAUGGCGUCAGUUUAGCUUUAAUGCUAAAUUUCGCAAACACGGUGAACUAGAUUGACAAUAAUAAAAAAUGAACUUUAUUCGUCA